AUGGGCAUCAUUUUUAUUUUUCUAAUGUUCUUUAUCCCAGGCUCUGCCUAUAAGGUUGUCUGCUACUUUACCAACUGGUCCCAGUACCGUCCGUCUCCCACUGCUUAUUUUCCAAACAAUGUGGACCCAUUUCUCUGCACACACAUCGUAUAUGCAUUUGCCUCCAUGGAAAAUCACAAAAUCGUUCCGUAUGAAUUCAACGAUGAGGAGCUAUACCAGCAAAUCAUUGCACUUAAAAAUCAGAAUCCUGAUCUCCUGAUUUUAUUGGCCAUUGGAGGAUGGAAUUUUGGCGUACAGAAGUUUACUGCAAUGGCUUCUUCUGCCACAAAUCGACAGAUAUUCAUUCAAUCAGUUAUUGAUCAUCUUAGAAAGUUUGGUUUUGAUGGUUUGGAUCUAGAUUGGGAAUAUCCAGGCUCUGAAGAAAGAGGUAGUCCCCCAGAAGACAAACAGCGCUUCACAGUUUUGAUUCAGGAACUGCUUGCUGCAUUUGAAAAAGAAGGAGAAGAGACCAAACGUCCACGUCUUCUGAUAUCAGCUGCUGUUUCUGCUGGAAAGGGGACCAUUGAUAAUGCUUAUGAAAUUUCUAAAAUUGGCCAGUUGCUUGAUUUUAUUAGCGUUAUGACAUAUGAUUUUCAUGGCGACUGGGAUACACAGACUGGUCAUAACAGUCCAUUGCACAAAGGACAAGCUGACUAUGGAGACAAUGCAUACUUCAACUGUGAAUAUGCAAUGAACUACUGGAAGAAAAAGGGAGCCCCAGCAGAGAAGCUCAUUAUGGGAUUCCCUACCUAUGGUCGUUCUUUCACUUUAUCUGGAACAAACACAAAUGUUGGAGCUCCCAUUGCUGGAGCUGGGUCUCCUGGGCCUUACACUGAAGAGGCUGGAUACUGGGCAUACUUUGAGAUUUGUACCUUCCUCUCUGGAGCAAAAGUGGUAUGGAUGGAUGACCAGAAGGUUCCAUAUGCAUACAAGGGCAACCAGUGGGUUGGAUAUGACACAGUAGAUAGUUAUGCCUAUAAGGUAGAAUUUGUGAAGCAAGGAGGAUUUGGUGGAGGAAUGGUUUGGGCCAUUGAUUUGGAUGAUUAUCUGGGAACAUUUUGCAACCAGGGCAAAUAUCCACUGAUCAGCAAAUUAAAGGAAGCAUUCACAGGCACAGAUACUCCUACCCCUCCGACAUCAUCUCCAGGAGAGGACACUACAACACAUACUACGACUACUACUCACGAUUCAUCAGUUGACCCUAAUUUUUGUUCCAGCCUAUCAGAUGGCUACUAUGUAAAUCCAUUAGAUCACAAUAAAUUCUACAUGUGUCAUCAGCAUUCUACCUACCCAAUGAAUUGUGGUUUAGGGUUGGUGUUUGAUGAAAACUGCAAGUGUUGUGACUGGCCACUUUCGCAAUGAUUUUAACUUUGCGUAUGGAAAUUAAAAUAAAAUACAAAAUCUGAUCUCUGAUUUUAA